AAGGUGUGGCUUGUAAUAAAAUGGCGUUCGACUGGGAGGAUCAUAAAAGCUACAUGACCGUAAAACGGCAGAAAUUGCAAGACCAACUCGAAGAUGUUGAAGGAGACGGUAAAAUAUUUUCUGGAGUAACCAUAUACGUGAAUGGAUACACUAAACCAGACGCUGACACCCUCAAAGAGAUAAUCUGCAAGCAUGGGGGCGGGUAUAGCUACGCCCUCACGUCACGUGUCAGUCACGUGAUCGCCACCAACCUCCCCACAGCAAAGAUCAAAGCGCUAUCCAUCAACAGCAGCAAAGUAUGUCACCCCGACUGGAUUCUAGACAGCGUCAAUGCCGGCUCCCUCUUGCCAACUGAAAAAUACGAACUUUAUAGCGUCUCGUCGAAAUCUCAAAGAAAAAUAUCUUUUUCGCCUACGGCCAAAAAAGAGGCGGGGCCGGAAGACCCGCCCACAAAAAAAGAUCGGAGUUUUGUGGACGAGUUUUACAGCCAUUCCAGGCUGCAUCAUUUGUCAACGUGGGCCUCGGAGCUGAAAGAGUUCACGAGUAAAAACCUUCCUCGUGCCAAACGAAAGUUUUCAAUGCUUAGUUCCGGCGAGAGUCUUAGACGAUUUGGAGUAAAGGGAGUCGUACAUCUUGACCUUGACUCAUUUUUUGUAUCAGUCGGGCUACGGGAUCGGCCUGGGCUCCAUGGCCAACCAGUAGCAGUGACUCAUGCAAGGAACAAAGAAGGAGAAGCAGAUACUACCGAAGUGGUCGGAGUCAGUCUUCAUCAAUCAAUGUCGGAUGUUGCCUCCUGCUCAUACGAAGCAAGGGAUUUUGGCAUUCGUAACGGGAUGUCGGUCGGCGAGGCUAUUAAUUUGUGUCCUAGUUUGACUUUCAUUCCAUACGAGUUUGAAAAAUAUCACGCUGUAUCUCAGACCCUGUACGAGACUGUUAUAACUUAUAGUCAUCUAGUGGAACCCGUGAGUUGUGACGAGGUUUUUAUAGAGUUCUCCGACUAUGUCACCUCCUGGGAAGAACUGGGGGAUAUCGUUAAGUCCUUACGGUCUGAGAUUGAGGAAAAGACCGGCUGUAAAGUCUCUGCUGGUUUUUCACACAACUUGCUACUAGCUAGGCUAGCCACUCGUAAAGCUAAACCAAACGGUCAGUUUCAUUUAUCGGAAGAAGAAGUAGAAGGAUAUUUAAAAGAGACACCUGUGGCAAGUCUUCCUGGCAUUGGACGAAAAAUGAAAGAAGAGCUUAGUAAAAUGGGAGUAUCAAAUUGUGGCGAAUUAAGAGAAGUGUCUCUGCCUAAACUAAGGGAAGUGUUUGGUCCCAAAACAGGGUAUACUCUUUAUUGCUUUGCCCGUGGGAUUGAUAAUCGCGACCUCACGACGAAAAAGGAGCGGAAAUCGAUAUCAGUCGAGAUCAAUUACGGGAUGAGAUUUGAGCAGAUAUCAGAGGCAGAAUCACUUUUAACGCAAUUAUCGGAGGAGCUUCAAUCCCGAGCGCUUGAUACCGGAGUACUCGGCUCUUCGAUCAGCCUCAAAUUGAAAAUAAGACAAAAGACUGCCCCACAGGAGACAAAGAAGUAUUUAGGACACGGACGAUGUGAUAAUAUAUCCCGCUCACAACAACUCCACAUCCCCACUAAUGAUAGUGGAGACAUCAGCCGUGUUGCUAUAUCCUUAUUGAAACAGCUAUCACCUAAUCCUUCAGAUAUUCGAGGCAUGGGCAUUGCUUUAAAUAAGCUAUCAUCUUCUGUAAAGGGUUCUCCGGUAAAAGGAGGCAAGAUGGCAGAUAUAAGGACACUUAUGACAUCAUCCCCUGGUAAAAGAAGCCCUGCUAGUAAAAGAUCUCUUGGAAGUGUUUUAAAAUCAGAGAGAGGAGGAGAAGAAGGAGCUUCUGUUAGUGUAAUGAGAGAAGAGAGAGUUGAGUAUCAAAACACAGCUGCUGGUGAUGGUUGUACUAGUUUUGAAUCUGCAAUGUUAGAUUUGCCACCUGCUUCACAGUUAGAUCAAAGUGUCCUUUUAGCAUUGCCUUCAGAUCUUCAAGAGGAAGUGUUUGACAGCUACAGCAAGAGACAAGAUAAGGAAAGAGUGACACUAGAGCCUGUUUCAACUGAGCCAUCGCUAGCAAACCCUCUCUUCCCUCCCUCUCUUUCUUCUCUCUCAAACGGUAACCCCGAGAGGUUUCUUAACGAAACAAGGACUCAUAUAAAGGCUUGGGUUGCCUUGUAUCCAGCCGGUCCAAAAGAAAGAGACUCUACGAUAUUUAUACAGUUUUUAAUCUCACUUAUCGACCUAAAUGCAUUAGAAAUAGUCAGCCUCUCAUUAAAAUGCUUUCACAGAGUGGUUCAAAGUAUAACGAAUGAAAAAUGGAGGGAAGCAUAUGCUCGUGUAGUGGCUGUGAUCCAGGAUGAAGUUUUAAUGAGAUAUAAUGGUCAUUUAUCUAUUCCACCUUGAUUUAAUAAUCAUUUUCUUCCAAUAUUAAUUUCAUUAUAAUA